ACCCCCCUCACCACGCACCAUGAGCAACCUGAAGCCGGACGGCGAGCACAGCACCGGCACGGGCACGGGCUCCGGCGGCACACUGGAGGAGGAGGUCCGGACGCUGUUUGUCAGUGGCCUCCCUGUGGACAUUAAACCCAGAGAACUCUACCUGCUCUUCCGGCCAUUCAAGGGGUAUGAAGGGUCCCUGAUCAAGCUCACCUCAAGACAGCCUGUUGGUUUUGUGAUCUUUGACAGCCGGGCAGGAGCAGAAGCGGCCAAGAAUGCGUUGAACGGUAUUCGCUUUGAUCCUGAGAGCCCGCAGACCCUGAGGCUAGAGUUUGCCAAAGCCAACACCAAGAUGGCCAAGAGCAAGCUAAUGGCCACACCAAAUCCCACCAACGCUCACCCUGCCCUAGGAGCACACUUCAUCACACGAGACCCCUAUGACCUGAUGGGGGCUGCUCUGAUCCCUGCAUCCCCAGAGGCCUGGGCCCCUUACCCUCUGUACACCACAGAGCUGACCCCAGCCAUCUCCCACGCUGCGUUCACCUACCCAGCUGCCACUGCUGCUGCCGCUGCUCUGCACGCUCAGCUGGAGGCCUGCAAGGAUGCUGACUGCUGGUUCCCUGACAUGCUGGCCUUGCCCCCUGAGCCUGGGCUCUCCUCUUCUGAGCUGGGGCAGGAAGAAGAGAUCCAGGCAGCCGUGGCUCAGGCUGGGACAGCCGUGCUUGUGCUCCUCGUGUGUCACAGGUCUCUUCACCAGGGAUUUGUUUCUGGGAACCUGUGUGGUGGCGCCCAAAUAGGCGCCCUGAGCUUCUGCUGCCCGCAGGCGGCCUAUGCAGAGCCUCCACUUCCUUCCAAAGACUGUGAAUCUUAA